UUGAUCAAGGAAUCCCAGAGCUGUACUCGCUAUGGUUUCGACAUAUUCGAUCUAUUUCACGAUGCUUUCCAAGCAUCACUAGGUGCAAAAUUUCUCAAGCCCACCGGGAUGUUUUGGGUUGUCCGUGAAUUGGUGUCUCUGAUCGAUUCCCGCAGAAGGAGACUAGUAUAUGAUCAGGCAUGGAUUCCGGCUGCUUCGCUCCUUACUCGACAUCUAGGCAUGAGAAUACUCCCCGCCGAAGAUGGCAGCAACAGUUUGAAAUCCGUGGUCAGCUACGAAGUUCAUGGGAAAACCCUCCGGCUCCCCGUGCUCACACUCAAACCCAGAUGCGGGACGCUGAUUAGAAACCUGAUGGCGUAGGAAUAUAUCACCAGACGUUGACGGCGGCGAGAAGUUGAACUGAGAAGGGAGGCUCUGUUUCGGCGAGCAGUCUCGAGCAGUCGAGCAGAGCAAUGCUCCUCUGUUGCAAUUCGCAACUAGCAAGGCGAUCCCGAACCCUAAGUCCCUAAGAGGUCCAGAAAACGUCAC